AUGCCCAUUUCGUUCCUAGUUCUAGGCAUAAUAGUCCUACAAUGCAGCUUCUCUGCUAGUGAUUUCCUUCAUCCCCUGGACCCUCUCAAUGCAACUGAAAUAAAUCAAAUAAGGUUCCUAGUCCAAAACAACACCGCCCUCUGCUCCCUCCCCAACCUCACCUUCCAUUUUGUGGACAUUGAAGGACCGAAUAAGGAUGAUGUUCUUGAAUGGCUAUCUUCCAAUACAAAUGGAACUUCUCUUCCCCCCCGAAAUGCUAAAGUUGUGCUUCGAGCUGCCGGGCAGACCCUCGAGCUUAUCGUGGACUUAGCAGCAGGUUCCUUAACCUCCCGCAGUGUCUAUACCGGUUACGGGUUUCCUCCAUUCACAUUUGAUGAGUUUUACCAAGCUAUCAAGCUUGCAGAAAGCUUUCCCCACUUUCAACAAUCAAUAGCGAAAAGAGGCCUGGAUAUGGCUGAAGUUACUUGCCUUCCACUCACUGUUGGGUGGUUUGGUGAAGUUGCGAAAGGCAGAAUUGUGCGUGUUGUAGCCUUCUACAGAGGAGACAGUACAAAUAUCUUUUCCAGACCCAUUUCAGGAAUAAACAUGCUAGUUGACGUGGAGUCCAUGAAAAUUACACAAUAUGCUGAUACUUCCAUAGCACCCUUGCCAGGAGCUGAGGGGACUGAAUACCAACCAUCAGUGAAGAAGCCCGAAUUGUGCCCUUGUCCUAUUGGAAUAGGAAUCACCAUCGAAGGCAACAUGGUAAAUUGGGCUAAUUGGAAACUUCAUGUAGCUUUUAAUGCCAGGGCAGGCUUGAUCAUAUCGACAGCUUCAGUGUUUGAUGAGCAGAGAAAGCAAUUCAGGCAGGUGCUUUAUAGAGGGCAUGUGUCUGAGACUUUUGUUCCAUAUAUGGAUCCUACCAAUGAGUGGUAUUACAAAACUUUCAUGGAUAUAGGGGAGUACGGCUUUGGGAGAUCUGCAUCCAGCCUCAUGCCGCUGACUGACUGUCCCGAGAAUGCUGUGUUCAAGGAUGGGAUUAUGGCUGGGACCGAGGGGCAGGUGGAGGUCGUCCCUAAUGCAAUCUGCAUUUUUGAGCGCUAUUCGGGAAACAUUGCGUGGCGACAUAUGGAAAUUGGGGUUCCUGGAAAACUGAUCACAAGAGUGGAGCCAGAAGUGACUUUGGUUGUUAGGAUGGUAUCAACAGUUGGAAAUUAUGACUAUAUUCUUGAUUGGGAGUUCAAGCAAAGUGGUUGCAUCAAAGUUGGGGUGAGUCUAACAGGUAUUUUAGAGGUGAAGGCCACACCAUACACCAAUGUCAAUCAGAUAAAACAAGAAGUUUAUGGCAACUUGAUUGCGAACAACAGCGUCGGGGUUAACCACGACCACUUCUUUACAUACCACCUCGACCUUGACAUCGAUGGCCAGGAGAACUCAUUCAUCCAAUCAAAGUUACAAACCCAGAAGGUGAAGAAAGGCCAGCGUACUACUCGCAGGAAAAGUUACUGGACAAUUUUUCCAGAAAUAGUGGAAACUGAAGCUGACGCUAAAUUUCAGAUUGGCCUGGAGCCAGCAGAAUUGUUAGUAGUGAACCCCAAUCAGGAGACACUGCUCGGAAAUCAAGUAGGUUACCAGUUCAUCCCCGGACCAUCAGUUACUUCCCUGAUGUCAGACGAUGAUUACCCACAAAUCCGGGCUGCCUAUACCAAGUACCAGUUAUGGGUGACUCCCUAUGACGAGUCGGAGAGGUGGGCUGCAGGGUUCUAUGUUGAUAGGAGCCAUGGAGACGAUGGCUUAGCCACUUGGACUUCCAGGAACAGAUCAGUUGUCAACAAAGAUAUAGUCCUAUGGUACACCGUAGCGUUCCAUCACAAUCCCUCCCAGGAAGAUUAUCCAGUGAUGCCAACUCUAUAUGGAGGAUUCGAGUUGAGACCAAAAAAUUUCUUUGAAAGGAAUCCAAUGCUCAAACAACAAUAAUGUUCUCAAACAUGUAACAUGUUUACUUACGCAAGCAGAAAAUUUUUAUUUUAUAGAUUUUCUUUUUUGCAAACAAUUCAUACUGAUAUUAACAUGCAUGUCAACUGGAUCAUUGCAAUCUCUUUUGUAUUUCAAAUGCAAUUCUUUUCAUAGCAA